AUGCAUUCCUCCCUCAAUCGCGCGCAAGCCGUCUUCGGCUUCUUCACCACCGUUGCUCUGGUCGUAGCCGGGCUCGCCGCACUCUCAGUGCUCCUGUUUCCCACAGAUGCCGCGACAGCGUCGGUGCAGCUGAAGAAUGUCCAGGUCAGCAAGGGCCGACCGCAUUACUACUCCACGAAGCGCGAAGAAUACGCCCAGAUCCGCUUCGACCUAGACGCCGACCUCUCCCCACUGUACAACUGGAACACCAAGCAGCUCUUCGUCUACGUCUAUGCCUCCUACUCCUCCUCCGAUAACCCCAACACGCAACUCCGCGACUCCGAAGCCGUCAUCUGGGACGCCAUCAUCCCGGCCUCGCCCUCUCCCUACUCCUGGGACACCCUGAAAGAAAAAGUCACCACUCUCCUCCCAGCCUCGCUGACCUCUUCUUCCUCAUCAUCCGGCAAGCGCACCCCUAAGCGCAGCACCAAGGCCGGCGCCAGCUCUAAGAACAAGAACAAGAAGGCUGAGUCCCAGACCCCAGGUGUCCUGCGGCUGCGCGGCCAGAAGGCCAAGUACCAGAUCAGCGAUAUCACGGGCCGGCUGGCGGAGCGGCAGAACGUGACGCUGUCGGUAGGCUGGAAUGUGCAGCCGUGGGUGGGCGCACUGUGGUGGUCGCCUGGCUCUGGGGCGAUUCCGCGGACAGAGGGACAAGUGGUGCGCAGCGAAGCGUUUGAAUUCCCAGCGCUAAAGGGGAAGAAGGUUGAGGGGAAGGAGAGUACGCAGUAG